AGAGUAUCACGGUGUCUCCUUGCAAACACCGACAACCCUUCCCCCUCUGAUCACUUGUAUCAGUUCCACCGCGCCAUUUCUAUAUAUCAUAUAAAGCCAUCUAUACCGCCCCUAUAACCCUCUGUCUUCACAGUGUUCUAUUCCAGAUAACUUACUGCACCGAUCCAACAUGACCUCAGACCCCAUAUCUUCUCAAAAAGCAACAAACUCUAGCCUUACCGCUUUCACGCUCACCAAUAUCUUUUUACCAGCAGUGGCUGUGUACUUCAGCUAUCCCUAUAUGACUUCUAUCCUGCGAUCCAUCGUUGCCGGUCCCCGUCUCCGACAUGGGGAAGCUGGCCUAGACCUCUGCUAUGUUAGCACAUCGCCCACAAUAAUUGCUAUGUCUGUGCCAGCCGCAGAGUUCCCUAAAAAGGCAUAUCGGAACCCCCUCGAUCAAGUCGUCAAGUUCUUGGACAGCAAACACGGUCAAGGCUGGCGGAUCUGGGAGUUCAGAGCCGAGGGAACGGGUUAUAAAGAUGAGGAUGUAUUCGGAAGGAUUUUUCAUGCCCCGUUUCCGGAUCAUCACCCGCCCCCGUUUGCUCUUGUGCCCGCUGUUUUGGCGAGUAUGAGGAAUCAUUUGAAGGGAGAAGGGAGGGAGAAUGCUGUUGCCGUUAUUCAUUGCAAAGCCGGCAAGGGUCGUAGCGGUACCAUGUCAUGUGCCUAUCUUAUCGGGGAAGAAGGUUGGUCCGCGGAUGACGCUCUGAAACAUUACACAACAGUGCGAAUGCGUCCUGGCUUCGGUGAGGGCGUGAGUAUCCCGUCACAACGACGCUGGACACGUUACAUAGAACGUUGGGCACGGGAGUUGAACAAACAAUACCUAGAACGGACGAUUCGGAUAGAAGAAGUGCACAUACACGGUCUCCGUGAAGGCGUGCGCGUAGCUAUCCAAGGCUUUGUGGAUGAGGGCAAGGAAAUCAAAACCUACCACACAUUCACACGGGGGGAACAAAUCACACUGGACUCCAACGAGACCAGCUCUUCCAGAAACGCGAUACUCAAACCGAAGCACCCGGUGAUCUUGCCGGCGAACGAUAUCAACAUCGACUUCGAAAAGAGGAACAUCGCAGCCUAUGGUUGGAGCAUGGUCACCAGCAUCGCCCACGUAUGGUUCAACGCAUACUUUGAAGGCGGUGAGGACAGCGGGCUGUUCGAGAUCGAGUGGGAAGCUAUGGAUGGGAUAAAAGGGACUUUGAGAAAAGGAAUGCGUGCGUUCGAUAGAUUAAAGGUGGUCUGGUCUGUCGACAGAAGCACGGAACACAUCGUUCGGGAGCCAUCGGAAGGGGAACCAAUCCCGCAGCCAAGAAGAGCCGAGACUAAGCUGCUGCACGAAAGGAAUCUAGGGUUAAAAAGGAAGGAUGAUACCGCUUCGCCAGCCUCUGGUAGCAGUGGUGGUAGUGGGGUUAGUCUAGUCAAUAGCACAGAGCUGCUUAAAGCCAAAGACUCCUAAGAGAACCACGUAAAGUUGGCUACCCCCACCCGAGAGCGAGGAGGAACGGUCAAAAAGAGGGAGCAUAGAAUUGGCUCGUCGGAAGGGAAGAAGAGGAGCUAUGGCAAGGAGUGUGACCAAUAAGCUAGCCAUGUAUAAUAUUAACAUUAAUAGCCUCCA